AUGCCUAUAGCGAGCGGCGGCGAGGACGCCGUCGGCCCGGCGGCGACGCCGAGGGUUCUCGUGGCGCUGACCGUCGCGCUCGAGCGGCUGGUGGCGCGGAACGACGAGCUGGCGGCUGCGCUGGAGGAGGAGCGGCGGCGGAGAACAAAACCGGCGGCAAGAGGGGCUCUGGACGUGUUCCGGGCGGCGAGGGUGCCGAGCAUCAGCGUGGGGAGGUACCUGGAGCGGCUGUACCAGUACUCGGACUGCAGCCCCUCCUGCUUCGUUGUGGGCUUCGCCUACAUGGACCGCCUCGCCCACCGCCACCCCUCCUCCCUGCUCCUCUCCGUCAACGUCCACCGCCUCCUCCUCGCCUCUCUCCUCGUCGCCUCCAAGGUCCUCGACGACGUGUAAGCAAGCGCUCCCAAUCUUCUCUUUGCCGGCCCUCUUUCUUGUGCUUACGGCGGUAGUGGCGAUGUGCAGGCACCACAGCAACGCGUUCUACGCGAAAGUGGGGGGAGUGAGCACGGCGGAGCUGAACAGGCUGGAGCUGGAGCUGCUGUUCCUGCUGGACUUUGGGGUGACGGUGGGGGCGAGGGCCUUCGAGGGCUACUGCCUGCACCUGGAGAAGGAGUUGCUCUGCAACUCCGGCGGCGGCGGGGAGCGCCGCCGAGGCUCUGGCGGGAGGGACGGGGUCGGCCGGGGACUCACGCCUCCCAGCAACGGAGCGGCCGGGGAAGAGAGCGAUACGCCGUGGAGCCGCUUCUCCUCGCCUUCCCCGCCCAACUCCUUCUGA